GGCCACAGUGCCCACAGCUACGAAAGACCCGCAGAGCGCAGCGGCGGCGGCGGCGGAGGGCACCGCGAUCGUAUUCCCUGAGUGUUGCCGGGUCGCGCUCGGCUGGCUGCUGUUCCCUCGCUGCUCUCUGUGCCGCCGCCAUGUCUGUGAGCGAAAUCUUUGUGGAGCUGCAGGGCUUCCUGGCUGCGGAGCAGGACAUUCGAGAGGAAAUCCGAAAAGUUGUGCAGAGUUUAGAACAAACAGCUCGAGAGAUUUUGACUCUACUGCAAGGGGUCCAUCAGGGUGCUGGAUUUCAGGACAUUCCAAAGAGGUGUUUGAAAGCCCGAGAACAUUUUGCUACAGUAAAGACACAUCUAACAUCUUUGAAGACCAAGUUCCCUGCUGAACAAUAUUACAGAUUCCACGAGCACUGGAGGUUUGUGUUGCAGCGCUUGGUCUUCUUGGCAGCAUUCGUCGUGUAUUUGGAAUCGGAAACAUUAGUGACUCGAGAAGCAGUUACAGAAAUUCUUGGCAUUGAGCCAGAUCGGGAGAAAGGAUUCCAUCUGGAUGUAGAAGAUUACCUUUCAGGAGUUCUAAUUCUUGCUAGUGAACUGUCGAGGCUGUCAGUCAACAGCGUGACUGCGGGCGACUACUCCCGGCCGCUGCACAUCUCCACCUUCAUCAAUGAGCUGGAUUCCGGCUUCCGUCUCCUCAACCUGAAAAACGACUCUCUGAGGAAGCGCUACGACGGCCUCAAGUACGAUGUGAAGAAAGUCGAGGAGGUGGUCUAUGAUCUCUCCAUCCGCGGCUUCAAUAAGGAGACAGCGGCAGCUUGUGUGGAGAAAUAGGCUUUCCCCGAUCCUGGCCCAGCGGAGGCCGGCAGCUGCCUGUGAGGAUGUCACAGUGCCUCUCGCUGUAGUCGGGAGAUUCCGUUGCUAGACACCGCGCGUGCGCAGUGCCGCUCGCCAUAGUUAGGGGCUCCCGUUGCUAGCACUGCGCACGCGCAGUGCCUCUCGCUGUAGUUAGGAGACUCCAUUGCCAGACUCCAGGCGUGCUUAAUUUUCUUAACUAGCUGUGGUGUGAAUCAGACUUGAAAUACUGUUUUUGCGGGGUGCAAGAUUUCACAAGGACAGUUUUUCGUUGUUGUUUCAGUGAUUUGCUUUGUAUAUCACCUUUUUCCCGUUCUGUCAAAGUGUGUCAGUCUUUUGGUAAAGUCUUUUUCUUGCUUACCCUGAUGCUGUUGAUACACUGAUGGAGAAUUUUAGUGUCUUGCUUCUGGUUCUUUGAGAAAUAUCUCAGAUGUUGUCUGUAAUAAAAAGUCAGCCAUUCAUACCCAGGUGUGCCCUGGAUACAAUAUAAGAAGACAAAAGGGAUGGUUGCCAGGCAAAGGAUAGCUUAUUUUAUAUUUUCCUUAUUUAAGCCCCAUAAAUAAAUCAGACGCCCCCCCCCCAUUUAUUUUUUAUUUUAUUUUUUUUGGCAAGGGAAUUAUGGCCCUAGGAUUCUCUCACUGCCGUCAACAUUUAAAAGAUUAAACUGAAGAGUCAAGUUCAGCAGAUUAUUUUGGGAAGUUUUGCAUUAGGGGAUUUAGUGACAUUUUAUUGGCUCUGUAUACAAGGUGGAGAGCAGGGUGUUGUGAAACACCUCUGUUUUCUGCUGUUGCCUUAACAUUUUGCUGUUGCAGCCACUAAAAGUCUUCACAAACAUCCAGAGAAUCAACACCCCAUGUGAUUGUUGUAAGUUGGAAACAUUCCUAACAGCUGGCUGGAUGAUUGCUGUGGAGUAUAAAAACACCAGUCAGGUUAGUAAUACCCCGACUAGUUUGUUCUGAGCAAGAAAAAAGAGACGCUUUUGUUUGUUUGCCGUUUUUUUUUUUUUUUUUUGUCUGAAAGAAAAUUUUGUAUUUAAAAUAGUUGAAGAACCAAGCUGAUUGGGUGAUGUUUCAUGAAUAUACAGUUUUAGGUUGUUGAUGGCUAGCCCAGAGUUUAGACCUAUUGUAACUUGGGUCAAGUCAUAGUCAUGUAAGUUUUGUUGGCACUUUCAUCCCCUUCUCCAUUUUCAGGUAGUACUAGAGUACUUUUGCCGUGGAAUUGAAAUCCUUAAAAUGGUGACUUAGCCCAUUGUUUUGGAACUCACUGAAAGGAAGGUGCUAGUGUUUCCAGUAUAAUUAAAAAAAAAAUUGCCCUUUUUUGUCUAGUACCAAUUGGGGCUUCCGAUUUGCAGAGUGGGAUAUUCUGUUUUGGCAUCUGAGCUCAAGACUGAUCCAAGUUUUCCUUCCUGGGGAAAGAAGUCAAACUUGAGGCGUCUGUUGCAAUGCACCUUGGACUUUAGGCCAGUUAGCAUGGCGGCUCCUUCAGUAAGUCUGCUAAUAGGGGAAAUGUGAGGGUCUGUGAAGAGCUCCACCUGGAUUGAACACUAUAAACACCUGCAAUUACAGGAUCAGGCAUGGGCAGUAGUUCUCUCUGCUGCUUUAGGCAUCUGUUUUGCUGGGAAAAAUUCAAGUUCUUGGCAGUAGUUGUGGAUUUGAGUUUUAAACUCUUAAGUGCAGUACAGGCUGGUCUUAUAACCCCAUUUGAGAAUUUGUGUCAUGUUUAUAAUUAUUCAGUUAUGUUUGUUGCUGGCUUGUUGUAAAGCAAUAAAAAACAUUUUUGGUGGUCUUUUU